UUCUUAUUGGUAACUAUUUAUUUAUUUAUUUAGCUACAUGCAAAAAUACACAACUGUCCAUAGGCCAGCAUCUACUGUAUAUAUUCAUUUUCUUAUUUGUAAGGUGAAAGAUUCAAGUGCCUUCUCAUUAAGAAAGGUACCCCAUUUAUGGUUUUUUCAAAUAGAGAGAGAGAGUGUGUGUUCAUAUGAAUCUUCAUUUGUUUUUGGGAGACAUGAUUAAUUUCUCUUUCAAAAUUUUUUGACCUUUCCUCUUCUCCCUCUUUUCCCUUAUCUACUCUUAACUCAUGGUGACUUCUCAUCACUUCUUUGAGUUCUUACUCCAUGCAUGAAGUAAUACCUCAUCUCCCUGUGCCUAUCACUUCGCUAUAAGAAACCCAAAAUUUGCACGCUCUUUCGUCCUUCAAUAUAUGGCCUCCAUGAACAACUGGUUGGGCUUCUCUCUUUACCCUCAAGAACUCUCAUCACAGUCUGAUCAUCAUCAAGAUCACUCUCAAAACACAGCCUCUCGCUUAGGCUUCCACUCGGAUGAAAUCUCUGGUACAGAUGUCUCUGGCGAGUGCUUCAAUCUCGCUUCUGACUCCACUGCUCCUUCUCUCAACCUCGCUGCCUCUUUUGGUAUUCUUGAAGCUUUCAGAAACAAUCAAUCUCAAGAUUGGAAUAUGAAAGGUUUAGGCAUGAACCCAGAUAGCACCUACAAAACAAACUCAGACCUCUCUAUGCUCAUGGGUACUUCAUGCAGUAGCCAAAACCUUGAUCAGAACCAAGAACCCAAGUUGGAAAAUUUCCUUGGCGGCCACUCCCUUGCCAGUCAUGAUCACAAACUUCCUGGUUGUAAUACUAUGUACAACACUUCAGGAGAUUAUAUGUUCCAAAAUUGCUCUUUGCAACAAGCUAUACCAAAUGAUAGAACAAGCAACGGGGAAGAUACCAGUAGUAUCAAUAUUGGUAGUAAUAAUAGUUCUGUCGGGUUGUCCAUGAUCAAGACAUGGCUUAGGAAUCAGCCUGCACCGACACAACAACAAGAGACCAACAACAAUGGCGGUGUUGCACAAAGUUUGUCUCUUUCUAUGAGUACUGGGUCACAAUCAGCUUCGCCUUUGCCACUUCUCGCAGCAAAUACUGGAGAAAGCAACAAUAAUGGUAGAGAUCACAGUUCUUCUUCUGAUAACAAGCAGCAGAAGGCAACAACAGGUCUCGAUAGCCAAACCAGUACUAUUGAGGCAGUUCCCAGGAAAUCUAUUGAUACUUUCGGCCAAAGAACUUCUAUAUACCGUGGUGUAACCAGACAUAGAUGGACAGGUAGAUAUGAGGCUCAUCUAUGGGAUAAUAGUUGCAGAAGAGAAGGACAAACUCGAAAGGGAAGACAAGUUUAUUUAGGUGGAUAUGAUAAAGAAGAAAAGGCAGCAAGAGCAUAUGAUUUAGCAGCACUGAAGUACUGGGGCACCACCACCACGACAAAUUUCCCAAUUAGCAACUAUGAAAAAGAGAUUGAAGAAAUGAAGCACAUGACCAGGCAGGAAUACGUUGCAUCCCUUCGAAGGAAGAGUAGUGGUUUUUCUCGGGGUGCAUCCAUCUAUCGAGGUGUUACUAGACACCAUCAACAUGGAAGAUGGCAAGCAAGGAUUGGAAGAGUUGCUGGGAACAAAGACCUUUACUUGGGAACUUUCAGCACCCAAGAGGAAGCAGCAGAAGCCUAUGACAUUGCAGCCAUAAAAUUUCGUGGAUUGAAUGCAGUAACCAACUUCGACAUGAGCAGAUAUGAUGUUAAUAGCAUCUUGGAGAGCAGCGCAUUGCCAAUUGGCGGAGCAGCUAAGCGGUUGAAAGAUGCAGAGCAGGCAGAAAUGACUAUAGGUACUCAGAAAACAGACAAUGAAAAUAUAAGUUCACAGCUUACAGAUGGAAUCAGCAGCUACGGCACAGCACAUCAUGGCUGGCCUACUGUUGCAUUUCAACAACCUCAUCAUCAGCCUUUUAGCAUGCACUAUCCAUAUGGGCAAAGGCUUUGGUGCAAGCAAGAACAAGAUACUGAAGCCAAUAACCACAGCUUCCAAGAUCUCCAUCAACUUCAAUUGGGAAACACCCACAAUUUCUUUCAGCCUUCUGUUUUUCAUAACCUGAUGAACAUGGAUUCUUCUUCAAUGGAACAUAGCUCAGGGUCUAAUUCAAUUAUGUAUAGUGGAGGAGGAGGAGAUGGUAAUAGUGGAGGCAAUGGAAGCUAUCAGGGAAUGGGUUGUGGAAGCUAUGCAAUCCCAAUGGCUACAGUUAUAGGCAACAAUGAUGGGGAUCAAAAUCAAGGGAAUGGUUUUGGAGAUGGAGAAGUGAAGGCAAUUGGGUAUGAAAAUAUGUUGGGAACAUCAGAUCCUUAUCAUGCUAGAAAUUUGUACUAUCUUACACAGCAAUCAGCAGGAGGAGGAGGAGGUGUGGUGAAGGGUAGUGCAUAUGAUCAGGGGUCAGCAUGCAACAAUUGGGUGCCAACAGCAGUUCCUACACUUCUGCCAAGGUCAAGCAAUAUGGCCGUCUGCCAUGGAGCUUCAACUUUUACAGUGUGGAAUGAUACAUAAUAAUAAGAUAUUUUGAUUGGAUUGGAAGAGAAAAUGAGAUGGGUAAAGGAAAUGGGAUUGUAUACACAACUGAUUUUCCUAAUUUUGAUUUUUGUUGCUCAUUUCUUCCUUCUAUAUUCAGUAAUAGACCUAUAAGGAAGAUCAUGGGCUGGUUCCUUGAAAUCUAAUGUGGCAGGAAAACAAUUCUCUAAGGAAUGGGUCUAAGAUGAAGUUCAGCAAUAGCAAAUGAGAGGUUAAAAUUCUCAGUUGCUAUGAAUUUUGGGGAACUUCAAAUUGAUUAGAUCCUCGGAAUAGUAUUUUGACACUAGAUUUUGUAAUUUUGCAUUUGCUCAAUAACAUAUACAAAGAAUGAAUGUGAUUUUCUUU